UAUAAUACGGCCGUAAGCCCGUAACCGACCCGCGGGUACCUUGCGGUGACGAGCGUAUUCCCAACGCUUAGCACGAUGCGCCUGGCCGAGUGACCUUUUUCUCCAUGCGAUACAAUCUGGAAAUGCUCAAUUAUGUUGAAGCAAAGAACGAAAGUCAAAACUGUGUUUCUUUGGCGCAAAAAGGCUUUAGAAAACAUAUAACGUUACAUAUAUCUCACGGACUGGGAACAUCGGAAUUGAACAUGGCUGACACUCUGGAAUGGAUAUUUCAGGAGCUAUUAGUACAAAAUAUUGUCUUAUUUUUGGUCGGUGCAAUAUUAUUUGGUGCGUCAUUGUUUGUACAGAAAUUCGGUCUUCUUUAUCAAUUUUUUCACAAGGUGGAAAAGGAAUCCAAGCGGCACGGUGGGGAACUUGUAGCCCAGGUUUUGAAAGAUCAUGGAACGCAAUUCCUUUUUACACUCGUGGGAGGUCACAUCUCACCCAUUCUAGUAGCUGCGGAGAAAUUGGGAAUUAGAGUCGUCGAUACGAGACAUGAAGUAACAACCGUGUUUGCAGCAGAUGCUGUUGCUAGAUUAUCAGGCCGCAUUGGUGUAGCUGCAGUAACCGCUGGACCGGGCCUCACUAACACUGUGACCGCUGUCAAGAAUGCACAAAUGGCUGAAUCACCUAUUCUCCUUAUUGGAGGUGCAGCACCUACAUUGCUCAAAGGCCGAGGAGCUCUUCAAGAUAUUGAUCAAAUGAGUUUGUUCAAACCUCUUUGCAAGUUUUGUGCUCGAGUCACACGGAUACGAGAUAUUGUACCAACUGUAAGGCAGGCGAUAGCUUGUGCUCAGUCUGGAACUCCUGGCCCAGUUUUCAUCGAGUUUCCUAUUGAUGUUUUGUAUCCAUAUGAUUUGGUGAAGCGUGAACUGGCAUCCAGUGGGGGAUCAGCAACAGGACCAAAAUCCCUCCAGCAAAGAAUAGUGCAAUGGUAUCUCAAUAAUCAUCUCUGCAAUUUAUUCGCUGGAGCAUUCGAACCUCGCGAUACCAGUCCUAUUCCGAUUCAUUUUCCAAGAGCAUCACAGGAUCAGAUCCAAAGUUGCAUAGAGCUUGUGAGCAGAGCAAAGAAACCAGUGUUUGUUCUUGGAAGUCAAGCUACAUUACCUCCAGUGGCAGCUGAUGACCUGAGAAGUGCUUUGGAGCAAAUGGGAAUUCCUUGCUUCCUGGGUGGAAUGUGCAGAGGUUUGCUUGGAAGAAACUCACCGAUACAUAUUCGCCAGAACAGAAGAGCAGCUUUGAAGGAGGCGGACCUUGUCAUCUUAGCAGGAGCAGUUGCUGACUUCAGACUCGGGUACGGAAAAGUUUUGCCAAAGAGAGGAAAAAUUAUUGCUGUCAAUAGAAAUAAGGAUCAAUUAUACAAGAACUCUGACAUGUUCUGGCGUCCCACCCUUGCAAUACAGGCAGAUCCAGCUACUGUCAUUCUGGCAAUCGCAGAAGGGUUGAAGGAAGGAUUCAAAUGUCCAAAGGACUGGCCUGAAAAACUGAAGAAGGGUGAUGAUGAGAAGGAAGCCACAAACUUGAAGAAAGCUGAAGAUUCAACCGAUGUUCAUUUGAAUCCACUGAAGGUUCUCCAUGAAUUAGAAGACAUUCUACCUGAAGACAGCAUUCUUGUUGCUGAUGGGGGCGACUUUGUUGGAUCUGCUGCUUAUAUUGUCAGACCUAGAGGUCCAUUGAGAUGGUUAGAUCCAGGUGCAUUUGGUACGCUUGGGGUGGGAGGAGGUUUUGCUCUCGGUGCAAAGCUUGUUCGUCCAGAAUCAGAGGUUUGGAUCAUUUAUGGAGAUGGUUCGCUAGGAUACAGUGUCGCUGAGUUUGAUACUUUCACAAGACACAAGCUCCCUGUGAUUGCCUUGGUUGGGAAUGAUGCUUGUUGGACUCAAAUAUCUCGGGAUCAGGUUCCGAUAUUUGGAAGCAAUGUUGCAUGUGGACUGUUAUUCACAGAGUAUGAAAAGGUUGCUAUUGGUUACGGAGGUCAAGGUUUACCACUAGGUCGUGGCGAUGACAUCAGAGCAACAUUGACUAAAGCGCAGGAAAUAUGCAAAGAAGAAGAGAAACCUGUGCUCGUGAAUGCAUUGAUUGGCAAAACUAAUUUCCGAGAAGGUUCAAUCUCUGUGUGAAAAGAUAUGGAUGAUUGGUUUUUAGAAUAAUUGAACCAUGACUGAUUUCAAUCAAAUAUUUAUCUCAACUAUGCCGCUAUAUAUUGAAUAUAUUACUAUUAUUAUCAGGGUACAUGAUCUCGGUAUUGUAAUCCCAAUCAAAAAAAAUUAUGUCUGUGUGUUUCUAAACCUUCAAAUCGGAAACCAUGAAAUAUGGGACCUCAUGAUACAACAGACUGCUUGAUUAAAUUACAAUUUAAACUGUGUAACUGAAAUAUGGGACUUUAUAAAAAAUUGAACCUGAUAAUC